CAGCCCGUGAGCUGUAUGCUACGCUGGAGCAACAACAUUCCCAGACACCCAAUCGGCGAACCCAUCCAGACGAUGUCAAGCUAUUCGUGAUUCACCUCGACAACAACACGCCCCUCAUCUCGUGCCGUUCAAGCCGCGAAUCACUUGCCAUUCGGCUUGCAGCGUGGCUCUGUUCUCCAACCCAACCCUGUCAUUUUAGGGGCUUGGAGGUGUCGUCCUAACCCGCCAUCUCCACCAUGGAGCCCCAUCUGAGACACAACAUCGCCGGCCUUUGUUCGUAGCGGCAUUCGCAGCCCCCAGUCUCACAAUAUCGUGGCCAGCCAAGUAGACCUGGUUCUCAAAUAAAGGUAACUUCGAACACGACAUCCUGCUGGAGAUUUCGUCCAUCAUACCUCCGCUUCCACGCCUGCCAUCAUGAUGUACGCAUUUCUCUUCAUUCAACUUCUGUUGGCGGCCAUGUCAAACUGCACAGUCCUUAUGGAGCGGGGUACCAAACUGGACACUAUGGAACCAAGCCUGGCCACGAAUCUUGCGAAAGUAGGUCUCUUGUCGAGUGGGGUAUAUUGGAGUGGAACGUCCCCUUGGUGCAAGGGAGAGUGCAAGGCCGGAGAUUAUCAAAUUGUCGCUUCUUCGGCAGGAAAUCCCUCUCAUUACGCCUCCCUAUCCAACUUCGGGUCUGCCUGUUUGAUUGUAGCGUCUACCGCUCUUGCAAGUCCCCUUCCCUCGUCUUCCGAUAUCUCGUUGCUGAAUUCUGGGCCAGGUACGAUAUACGGUACCACUUUGCAGUUAGAGUGCGAGAAGCGCGGCGGGACGCUUCCGGGCCUUGGUUGGAACUACGAAGGUUGCAGCUUGAAGAAUCCUGGCCCGUUGUGCACCUCCUUCCCAGGCUCUCGCACGGUUCUCCUCCAUGAAAUAUACGUUAUCCCGUUGUCCCCCAAUGUCCCUCCUGAUGUCCGCCGAUGCCCGAUGGAAAUGCACCAUUUGAUAUCCUCUGCUCGCUGCCCAUUGAGUGAUGGCAGCACCGGCACAAUCGCCGUUCUCCGCACCCGUAUCGUCAACCUUCUUUCCUCUCAAGCCAAGCCAAUCACUUCCCUCCAUGCGCACUGUUUCGACAUCCCCUCACCCCCGAUCCAUGUCACUCCCAGCCUGGGAGAGGAUGGGUGCUCCCUUGAAGAGUGGGUGACGGUAGUUGAACAGCUUUGGGAGGACGGGUGUCAUUGGGUUGAGGUCUCGGUUGAAUAUGAGGAGCGGCAGCUGGAGAACGCUUAUGUUCCUGUGCAGGGAAGCGCCGAAAAGAGGGGGAAAGCACAGGAGGAGUUGGAAGAGCUUGUGCAUCCAACGGGAGAAGUUAUUGUAUGGGAUGAGCUACUUCUUGCGCUAGAAGGAGCAACCUGGACCACACGUCUCCCCAAAGAUCAUCCAAUCCCCGACAUACCAGUCUCCGACUCCUUGGAAGACACAUCAUUCCCUGUCUCCCAACGGUACCCACAUGUCUGCCUCCUACGCGCGUCCUGCUCGUCCUCCUCCGCCCCUCUCGUAUCCCUCGACCGUAGACGCUUCUGCGAGCUCUCCGAGCCUCGGCAGCUGGUCGUCCCCGUAGUCCGUUUUCUAGCCGAGUUGAAGCAAUCUCAAUCAAAAUGCGACGACGGCGUAAUCAAAGUGAAGUUUUACGCCGCUUUCGGGCGAGUAGGCCCAGACGUGCUGGUGGAGAUGAGAGAGGACGCGUCUGAGGGGAAGCCAAAAGGUGCCGUCUUGAGCUGGGAUGCGUUCGAAUACCGUUUGCUGAAUUGGAAAUGGCACGCCUGCCCACCAGAGAUGUGGGAUGACUGGCUGGAUAAGGCCCCGGCCUUUGCCGCGCAGAUUGCGGAAGCCAAAUCCUUUGUCGAUGGCCAUAUCUGGACUCGCAUCGAGAACCAUAUGCUGAAACAAUCACUAUCUCUCAGUUCUAUCCGCGCCGUCUGUGGGAAUGACGAGCUUGUCUUCCGUCUCGAGUACUGCAGCACGACUUACCCUCGUGGAAACUUGAUGCAAGGGGUCGCAAGC